AUGAUGACUGUGUGCACUUUGGAUGGGAUUCUGGAGUUUGGUUUGCUCUUUGUUGGCAUCUGGGCUUACUUCAAGAAAGUACCUUGUCUCAAAACCUGGCUGCUAUCAGAGAAGAAGUGUGUUUGGGGUGUGUUUUUCAGAGCUGCUGUGGCAAUCGCCUACUUUGUAAUAGGCUUUUACAUUCUGUUUAUAAAAUGA